AUGUCGCCAAGGAGUAGGAUGGCAGUGAUGAUGCUGGUGAUGUUCUCUUCCUUCCUCUCCUCGACGGCGAACUUGCCCAGCCUUAUAUGCAUCCAACCUCCGUCUCAGGCCGGGCAGGUAUGCAGGCCAUCUGCAAGACUGGACCAUCACAUUUGGAAAACACUCACUGGGUACAAUAGCAAAAAGAAACAAACACGGCAUCCAUGCUGUAAGCUGUAA